UAUAUAUGGCUCCAUUAGUUGACUUGCCCAAAUUGCCACCAUUUUUGUACAAUCCAAAAGCUUCCAUACAAUCAUUGUCUGAAAUCAAUCACAACCCAAUUUCCCAUGUCUGAAAAGGUUUCUCUCUCUAAACCCAUGUGCUUCAUUUUCUUGAUCAUCUUCUUAUCGGCAUUAGCUUCAGCAUCGGAGCUUUGUUCCAACGCCUUCUGCCGCCGUACAGAACCCAUAAUCCGCUUCCCUUUCCGCCUCCAAAACCUCCAGCCAAGCUCGUGUGGCUACAAAGGCUUCAACCUCUUCUGUGGGGCAUUUAAUCAAACACUUAUCAGUCUCCCCAACUCCGGCAAUUUCACCGUCCAGGCCGUCGACUACGCCGCCCAGAACAUAUGGCUGAACGACCCCGGCGGCUGCCUCCCGAGACGCCUCCUCAAUUUGAACCUCUCCGGCACCCCAUUCAACAAGGCUUUCUCCCAAUCAUUCGAUUUUUUUAAUUGCACGUUCGAUUAUAGGAAGUACGGGUUCAACCCCAUUGGUUGUUUGAGUGGGGAGAAUUACACGGUGCUGGCUUCUUCUUCGGAAAGAGCCGUUAGAUUCUUGGCAUCGAGGUGCAGUUGGGUGGCGUCUGUGGCGGUGCCGGUGCAGUGGGGUUUUUUUGAGCCGAUCGAAACGUCGGAUCUCGGAGAUGAUAUCCUGCUCGGUUGGGCUUCGCCGCGCUGCGGGCGGUGCGAGUCGCGCGGCGGGCGGUGCGGGUAUGGAAGUGCGAACAGUAGUGUGAUUGAGUGCAGAGACGCUGCUCGCCAUGAAAUUGAACUUCCUCCAGAGCUGCCAAGAAGUGCAAGAUACGCCAUCGUUUUGGGUGUAGGUGUACCGGCACUACUCUGCCUCGUCGGACUCGUCGCCUUCGUUUGCAGCCGAUUACCGAACCACAGGCGGCACCACCUCGUAAUGGACUUCUCAGUGGCGGUGGGCCACCAUCCCACCACCACCACCGCCACCGCCGCCGCCAUCUCCGGCUUGGACGGAGCAACCAUAGAGUCCUACCCGAAAACAAUCCUCGGCGAGAGCCGUAGGCUGCCUAAGCCCGAAGACUACAUUUGCUCGAUAUGCUUGUCCGAAUAUGCGCCUAAGGAAACACUGAGAAGUAUACCAGAUUGCCACCAUUGCUUCCAUGCAGAAUGCAUAGACGAGUGGCUCCGGUUAAACCCGUCGUGCCCCGUUUGUAGAAACUCACCGAAACCCUCUUCACCUAAUCUUACACCACAAGUUUCUUGAUUCUUGUUUCUUUUUUUUUUUCGCAUAAAUUGGUAAUUUCUAGAACAUAACUCUUUUGCUGUGUAAAAAUCUUGGUGGUGUAAUAAGCAGAUAUACAUACACUCAGUUACUACCUAAACUAGUUUCGACACUGUGA